AGCAUUUUGAGUGAACUUGCAGAAAAUGAGGGGCUUUCAGCUGGUCGCCUGCUUCUUACCCCUCGCUUGUCUGAAAGGCAGCUCUCAGAGCGCUUUCCCGUCCUUCUAAUUACAGUGGCGGGGGCAGUGCGUGCUUCGGGACACAAUUGGAAACCAGCGUGCAGGGUCAAAGACAGCCGGCCCCCCAUGUCAGUGGUCUAGGAUGGCCAGUGAAGGCACCAACAUCCCAAGUCCUGUGGUGCGCCAGAUUGACAAGCAGUUUCUGAUUUGCAGUAUAUGCCUGGAACGGUACAAGAAUCCCAAGGUUCUCCCCUGUCUGCACACUUUCUGCGAGAGGUGCCUGCAGAACUACAUUCCCGCCCACAGUUUAACCCUCUCCUGCCCAGUGUGCCGCCAGACCUCCAUCCUGCCUGAGAAAGGGGUGGCUGCGCUCCAGAACAAUUUCUUCAUCACAAACCUGAUGGACGUGCUGCAGCGAACUCCAGGCAGCAACGUUGAGGAGUCUUCCAUCCUGGAGACAGUCACUGCUGUGGCUGCGGGAAAGCCUCUCUCUUGCCCAAACCACGAUGGGAAUGUGAUGGAAUUUUACUGCCAGUCCUGUGAGACUGCCAUGUGUCGGGAGUGCACGGAGGGGGAGCACGCAGAGCACCCCACAGUUCCGCUCAAGGAUGUGGUGGAACAGCACAAGGCCUCGCUCCAGGUCCAGUUGGAUGCUGUCAACAAAAGGCUCCCAGAAAUAGAUUCUGCUCUUCAGUUCAUCUCGGAAAUCAUUCAUCAGUUAACCAACCAGAAGGCCAGCAUUGUGGAUGACAUUCAUUCCACCUUUGAUGAGCUCCAGAAGACUUUAAAUGUGCGCAAGAGUGUGCUGCUUAUGGAACUGGAGGUCAACUAUGGCCUCAAACACAAAGUCCUCCAGUCGCAGCUGGAUACUCUGCUCCAGGGGCAGGAGAGCAUUAAGAGCUGCAGCAACUUCACAGCGCAGGCCCUCAACCAUGGCACGGAGACCGAGGUCCUGCUGGUGAAGAAGCAGAUGAGCGAGAAGCUGAACGAGCUGGCCGACCAGGACUUCCCCUUGCAUCCGCGGGAGAACGACCAGCUGGAUUUCAUCGUGGAAACCGAGGGGCUGAAGAAAUCCAUCCACAACCUCGGGACGAUCUUAACCACCAACGCCGUCGCCUCAGAGACGGUGGCCACGGGCGAGGGGCUGCGGCAGACCAUCAUCGGGCAGCCCAUGUCCGUCACCAUCACCACCAAGGACAAAGACGGUGAGCUGUGCAAAACCGGCAACGCCUACCUCACCGCCGAACUGAGCACCCCGGACGGGAGCGUGGCAGACGGGGAGAUCCUGGACAACAAGAACGGCACCUAUGAGUUUUUGUACACUGUCCAGAAGGAAGGGGACUUUACCCUGUCUCUGAGACUCUAUGACCAGCACAUCCGAGGCAGCCCGUUUAAGCUGAAAGUGAUCCGAUCCGCUGACGUGUCUCCCACCACCGAAGGCGUGAAGAGGCGCGUUAAGUCCCCAGGGAGCGGCCACGUCAAGCAGAAAGCUGUGAAAAGACCCGCAAGCAUGUACAGCACUGGAAAACGAAAAGAGAAUCCCAUCGAAGACGAUUUGAUCUUUCGAGUGGGUACCAAAGGAAGAAAUAAAGGAGAGUUUACAAAUCUUCAGGGGGUAGCUGCAUCUACAAGUGGAAAGAUAUUAAUUGCAGACAGUAACAACCAAUGUGUGCAGAUAUUUUCCAAUGACGGCCAGUUCAAAAGUCGUUUUGGCAUACGGGGACGCUCUCCAGGGCAGCUGCAGCGGCCCACAGGAGUGGCUGUACAUCCCAGUGGGGAUAUAAUCAUUGCCGAUUAUGAUAAUAAAUGGGUCAGCAUUUUCUCCUCCGAUGGGAAAUUUAAGACAAAAAUUGGAUCAGGAAAGCUGAUGGGACCGAAAGGAGUUUCUGUGGACCGCAAUGGGCACAUUAUUGUUGUGGACAACAAAGCGUGCUGCGUGUUUAUCUUCCAGCCAAAUGGGAAAAUAGUCACCAGGUUUGGUAGCCGAGGAAAUGGGGACAGGCAGUUUGCAGGUCCCCAUUUUGCAGCUGUAAAUAGCAAUAAUGAGAUUAUUAUUACAGAUUUCCAUAAUCAUUCUGUCAAGGUGUUUAAUCAGGAAGGAGAAUUCAUGUUGAAGUUUGGCUCAAAUGGAGAAGGAAAUGGGCAGUUUAAUGCUCCAACAGGUGUAGCAGUGGAUUCAAAUGGAAACAUCAUUGUGGCCGACUGGGGAAACAGCAGGAUCCAGGUUUUUGAUGGGAGUGGAUCAUUUUUGUCCUACAUUAACACAUCUGCUGACCCACUCUAUGGCCCCCAAGGCCUGGCCCUAACUUCAGAUGGUCAUGUUGUGGUUGCAGACUCUGGAAAUCACUGUUUCAAAGUCUAUCGAUACUUACAGUAAUGGGCAGCUGGAUACCCGCUUUCAAGGUCUUGCACUAUAAACUGGAAUGGAUUUCUCAGUGUGGGACCAGAUUAUGACUAGGAUUUUUAUGCCAGAAGGAAUCAUUGGUGAACUUUCCAAGGUUAUUUCUGAAUGUAACAAUUUCCUUAAAAACUGCUUAUCCAAUUUCUGUAUUUCACCUUUAGGGUUAAAAAAAAAACUCUUCUACUGAAUCUAUAAACUGCAGUUUUACAUCUGUGAACUAUGGCUUAAGGGACAGGAUUUAUGUAGCUAAACUAAUUUUGCAAAUCAGACACUUAAAAAAAAAACACUAGCAUAUGUAAAGGUAUUUGUUAAUCCUGUGAAUGGUAGCUUUUGCACAGAACUUCCAAAAGCAAAACAAAAACAAAAUCUAUUGUAGUUAUAUACUUCAUUUAACCUAGGUCACAAGACCCAGGGAAUCUUCUAACCUCACUUUUACAGUAGGUAUUACUCUUGUGACAUUUUUUUGGUUAUCAGCAACUACAUACAAAUUACUUUAGAAAAAGAAAGGCUGUCUUGCAAAAUGAUCCCAGCUCUGAUUAGGAGGCCUCUGGAGUUCAGUACUUAAGAAUCAGUGCAAAUUUCUCAACCUUUCUGGGUUAGACAAAGAUCCUUUUUUGUGUGUUCUUUUCACCACCUCUUUUCGGCUCACCUUGUAUCAGAAAACAAAGUACAUCUUCAGGGAAACCUGAAAUUUCUAAUGCUUUGAAAAGCAUAUUACAAAAGUAAUGCUACCUUUUGGGAAACAAACUGCCCCAUUAACUCCAGAUCAUUGCACUGGAAUGUAAUCAAAAAAAGUUAGUCAUGUUUUGUGUACCAUGUUUUCACACGUGUCUCUCCUCUUCGACUUCAUGAAAGCGAAAGCUUUACCUCCUGCAAAUGUCAGCACAUGUAGUAGGACACCAGUAUCCUAGGACAGAGAGCCAUGAGUAGCCCUUUGGAGGACUGAUGGUGUCAACCAAAGGCAUGUGAUUGAUAAAUGAUUUCCCCUUAGAAAGCAAGUGUUACCAAAGUUGUGUUAUCUUGAAAGCAUUACAGGUAAGGGCAUGUUAUGGUUAUUUAUCAUUGUUUAAUGAAUAGUAGAGGUGUCAAGGGACUAUGUAUACAUGAUUAGGGUAAGAUAGAAUGUAUUAUAUAUAUAUAUAUAUAUACACACACACACAUAUAUAGCUGAAUCUUUGGUGUAUUGAAAUAGGCAGCACUCUGAAAGACAGAAGCUUCGUCCAGCCAUUCUUCAGCACAUUCCUUUACUAAGCAGUUUAAAGCCGUCCUAGUGGAGCAAGCCCUAAAGCAGAUUUAAUUUUUGCCAUUUUUCCAGGAAUGAUGGUGGUGGCUGACUUUUAGUCAGAAAAUGGCCUUCUGUGCUUUCAAAAAAAAAAAAAAAAAAGAAAAAAGAAAAAAAACCCAACAGGUCAAAAGAAAAGUUGAACUUGAGUUACAUUUAAUUUAAAUAUAAAUGCAUUUUGAGAAAUGUUAAGAACAAUUUAGUCAAUCGUGCAUCUGUCAUUGGUACUGUAAAACAAGCUGUGGUCUAUUUCCACUGUUUAAUUUUCUACUCAGUUCUACCAAAUAGGAUGUCAUGUUUGACAUUUUUGAUGGUGACUUGGGGUCUUCUUCACUGAAAGCACCUUAGAACUGUACUAUAAGAAAACGUUUCCCCUAUGUAUAUGAAUGUGAUGUUUAUUGCUUAUUAAUUUAUAAUUCAGUCAUUCUCUAUAUAGGACUUCUUAAAAUUUAGAAGGGAAAUCUAGCUACUUCAAAUUGCCUAUUAAAUUUAUUAUGCCCAAAUCAGCCUCUGAAAAAAGGCUUUUCCAGGAAGAUUUACAUUUAGGUUUAAUCUUUUUUUUAGUUAGGUAGAGUUUUAAAAAAUAUUUGAGCCUGUCUGUGAUAAAGCUAUAAAAUUCAAUAACUUUUUAGAAUGUUAAAUGAAGACACUGUUUCCUAACAUCAGUGAGAUACAUCUUUGAAUUUAAACAUUCAUAUUUACUGAGUACCUACAAGAUACCAAGUACUCUUUUAGGCGCUGGAAAUACAGUGAUAGACAAAACAGGUAAAAAUCUCUGCCCACUCAGAGCUGACAUUCUGGGGUGGGAAUUUCAUUUUGCUGUGUGCUAACAUUCUUCACAAAAGACAGGCUAGACUCUUGUCUAGAUUGUUUAAAAUAAACUUUUUAAAUUGGUUACAUUAAUUUUAGUUUAUUUUCACAAGUAAAAGAUGGCUUUCUAUUUAGAGUCUUUCUGUCCCAGGCUGUUGAUCUUUAAACUAGUUGAUUUAAAGAGGUUUUUUACACAACAUUUAAAUUAUAUUUGUGAACUUAGAAAUUAACUUACAAUCUAACUAGCCAUCAUAUCAUAUCCUGUCAGGCUAGAUAUCUCAAUAGUAGACUGAAUACAAAGCUAAUUUUUUUUAUAUGUCAAUAUUGGCAUAAACUGGAAUGAAAGAAUAAUUUGAUUCAGACCUGCUCCACUAUGUGUUGCUAAAACACAUGCUAUGGGCACUCCAGGAAACACUAUAUUUUUUCCAAAAAAUAUGUGAUUAUAUAUAUUAAACUAUAGAUAACAUUUCACACUUGGAUACAUAUGUGCAUUUACUGUAUUUCUUGGUAAGCAUAUUUUUGGGGUAAAGUGCUGCUGAUAUGAUACAACUAGACAAAAUUUAAAUGAAAUUUUGUCACAUUCUAUGGAAAAUGGUUUCUGGUAAACUGAGAAGGAUAUUAAAAUAAGUGGCUUUUUUCUGGGCUACCAUUAUUGUUUGAUUUCUCUUUGUCAAGUGUAUAGAACCUGUCAUACAUUCAUGAUAAGUAGCACUGAAAAAUUACUCAUUCAAAUUUCCCCUGGGCACGUAAGGCAAAAUAUUGCCAGUUGGGAUUUCAAGGUCAGUGACGAUGUAUUUCCUCCCAGUACAGACCCCCCACCCCCCCUUGCUGGACAUGGGGAGGCAGAGAGUCACUUGACCAUCCAGAAAUACAUGACUAUAAGUCCUUUAUGACUGUAUGCCAUUUUUUUUAAUGUUACUUAGUAUUUUGAUCAAACUUUAGUCUCCAGAACUAAACAAGUCCCUAAGUUUCCUUAUUUUAAUUUACUGUGACUAGAUUUGAGGCAAAUAAAUACUCCAGAUCCAUGCAGCUAGAACACACUUGCUUCCACUACUAAAUAUACAGGGUAUGUCCUAACACGGAGUUAACUGGAAUAGCAGUACACUGCAAGUAUCUAUGAAUCCUUAGCACUGAAGGGUUAACAGAAAUGCUUUGGUAAUACCUACUUAGUUAAUUGGAGGAAGUAGUAAAUAAACAUUAGGUAAUCUGCAGAUUACUUCAAAUGGGAAAAAUCUUUUUGUAGACUCUAUAGUAUCCUCUCUAUUCACUAGCUUCUGAAAAGGGAGGAGUAUUUUUAGUUUGAUAAUUUAAUAAUUUAAAAACAAGACAUCUCCAGGUAGGAUAAAAUUAAAGCUAUUUCAUGCAAACAUUAUCUAAUUUAGCUUAAAAGCAAAAGUGGUAAUACUGUUGGUUUCUGUAAAUGUUGCAGGGUUUUAAACUUUAUAAUUACUUUAAUAUUUUUGAUAAGUAGAAAUCUAGUAUUGCCAUAAAGGAAACUAAGUGCCCAUCAAAGAUUUGUUUGGUAUAAAUAAAGAAUUAUUUGUUUUGUUUUCAAUGACAGUAAGCUACAAAUCAUGAUGCUAUCUUAAAAACUUUCUAAAGAUGAAUUGUGUGGCAGUGAUUGUGUGGUCUGUUCGUGGAGAAUGUAUGAAAGCUAUUAAUAUUCUAGAAUAGAUUAAUAAAUUGGCUAUGUUGUUCCAAUGAAUGUACAGCACUUCCAUUAACUUUUGAAAGCAACACAGCCUUAAACUCAAUGCUUUUGCUUUAUGACAUGGGAAUGUUCUGUCAUCAAUGGAGUGUAUUCUUGUAAUAGAAUUCUUUAUAUCAUUCUCAAUUCUAUAGACUUUCAAGCCUAUGUAUGAAUAUGAAGGGUUUUUUUUUUUGCUUUGUUUUCUUUUUAGAGUUUGUACAUUCCAUCUUUAUAGGUCUGUUUCAUAUGUUUUGUGUAUAGAACACUAAGUCUUGCACUCUCUAACAUUGAUACUGAUAUAUUCUCGUCAUUUGUUCUUUUAUGAAUCCAAAUGUUGACUGCCUAUUUAAAGAAAAGAAUGAACGCUGUGCAUCAAAGUGUUUGUAUGUUCGUAGCUACAUACGUACCACAGUAUUUUGGAUGCUUUAGUCUACAAUGAAACUUUCAAUUAAUUCUGUCUUGAAACAUAGGAGAAACAAGAUUCAUGUGUAUCUCUUUACCAUGCACAAAAUCUCAAAUCAUUAUAAUAAAGCUUGUUUUCUCCA